AUUCUUUUAAGUGACACGUAAAGAGAUAGGACUCGUAUCUAACAUUACCUUAUAUAUAAAUAUUAUCUUUCCUUUUUAUUUUACUUUAAAUUAUUGUUUCGCAUGGUGAGGGAUGAUGAAUAGCCUGCAAUGUCAUUUUCAAAUUUUCCAUUUUACGAUGACUUCAAGAUGCCGACGAAAAAAACCCUCUCGGCUAACUCUGAUGCAUUUACAACAAUGUGCAUUAAUGUGCACUAACCAGAAUAUUUCCCCUGAAGCCCACACUGUGGGGCGUAAAAAGACAUACAAACUUGAGAUACAAAGUCAUCAGCACGUCAACUGUCCUCAAUGUCUAUUGCUCGUUACGUCUUCUAUCGAUAUAUGAUUAAAAUAAAAAGGUAAUAAACGUCCGAAUCCUUGAUUCCACUCGGACAAACAAAAAAAUUGGAGCGUCGGGACGCCGUAGCGCCGUUGCCCCGACAACGCAAACAGUCAGCACUAACUUUUCUGUUGUCAUCAACAACAGCGACAUUUCUGUAGCAGAAGAAGCUUUUGGUUUUUAGCGUGUAGUUGUACCUUCAGUGGCCCUCUGUUAUCACAGUAGAACACAAUGAUUCCACCAGCCGAGUCGCUUCUGAAACAAAGCAACCCAGUUCUGGUCAGCAAAAGCGCCGAGAGGAAGUCACUCAAGGGGCGUCCUUUAAGAGUGAGCCCUCAGCAGCCUGUUGACUCCAGUCCUGUUCCACCACCUCCUAAACCCAAAUCCAUCUCCACUGAGACCACCAGGCAGGAAAAUAAAGAUAUCCUGACUGCCAUCUUUCCACCCAGGGAAUGGAUGGAGGGGAACCAACUGUGGGUGCAGCAGGUGUCCAGUACACCUUGCACAAGAACAGAUGUCGUGCACCUGGAGGAACUACUGGACAGAAAGCUGGAGCAAAGGCGGGCCAGACUAACAGGCAUCUGCCCUGUCCGCAGGGAGCUCUACUCGCAGUGCUUUGAUGAGCUAAUCCGACAGGUGACCAUCAACGGUGCUGAGAGGGGUCUGCUGCUGUUACGGGUGAGAAAUGAGAUUCAAAUGACUAUUGCUGCCUACCAGACACUGUAUGAAAGCAGCGUGGCUUUCGGCAUGAGGAAAGCACUGCAGGCUGAGCAGGGCAAGACUGACAUGAAGAAAAAAAUUUCUGAUCUGGAGAAUGAGACACAAGACCUGAAGAAGCAACUGAAUGAACAGAAAGCUAAAUGUGAUGAAACUGAGAAGAGAGAAAAGGAAAAGCGACUGUUGGAGGAAAAGAGGCACACUGAGGAGAUACAGUUCCUCAAGAGAACCAAUCAGCAACUUAAGACCCAGCUGGAAAAGAUCAUAACACCAAAACAAAACUAAUAGAAAGAAGAAAAUGUUAACGUGUCCUUUGUCUCAUCUAUCGUAUAUAUAUGAGUGUUAACUUAAAGGGGCAGUAAGCUAUUCUGGAGAAAGCUUGUUUUUCUCUCUUUGUUGGGCCGCGAAUCCAGGACCUCGCUGUGCGAGUCCGAGGCACUAACCACUAUAGGCCAAAACCCAUGGUUUGCAGCGCCACCCGCCAGCACGGCUCUUAAGGUGUCGACGGGUGAUUUUUAGAAACUGCGCUCGCGGUGUUGUGUGGUGCGGUCCGCACCAUUUUUUUUGCUUUCAAUUAACAGAGCCUGGGCUAAGCCGAAAACCUGGAUUUUUUUUGCCACACACAAAAGCGACAGCUGGUGAGGAAAUAUUUGCUGAUUUUUACUAAACAUGUGUUGCUUUAGAAUUGCUUACUGCCCCUUUAACUGAGUGUAAUUAGCAAAUAUUUUAUUUUUCUUUAACAUCAUGUCAAGUACAGUUCCAAAAAUUACUGUACAUUUCUCUUGAAAGUCAAGAGAGCAUUUCACCUGUAAAUGAUGUAUGAAGUAUCAUUCAAAAACAGAUGAGGGGUUGAAGGGAAAAGAAAGUUGAAAAGGUAGAUAAGACAUCAUUUCUCUGAGGGACAGUCGAGGUCUGGAUAAGGCAUCAAGUGGCCACCUAAUAAAGAUCAUUUAACACUCCGUUAGUAUUCCACCUUUUAUCAACUCUACAUUUUCAAUAAGAACAUGGCCCUUUUUGGCCAAAUUUAAUAAAGAUUUAUUACCUA